AUGGAGCAGGAGGUGCCGGAUCUGGCACGGGGGACACGGCGACACCCUGGAAGCGGUCGCUUCUUGGUAGAAGCCGUGAAGGGGCCGAGGGUGGCCGGGUCAGGCUCUGCAGGGAGGAAGGGUGGCCACGAGGCAGAACCACAGUGGGGCACGCUGGCACUGCUGGGCGCGCUGCUGUGGGCGCCGUGGCGGGCGCUGGACGGAGCGCCGCUGGCCGAGCUCUCGGGGGACCAGGACUUCCAGCUCUUCCUGCACAAGAACCUCGAGUUCACCCGCAAGAUCAAGGGGGAUGUGGCCGCGCUGCAGCGCGUGGUGGUGAGUGCCGGGUGCCGCGUCGGCGGCUUCUUCAUCCUGGCCAACUUCCAGCGGUUCCUGGAGACGGCGUACCGGGCGCUGCGGCACCUCGCCUGCCUCUGA